UAUUUAAAUGCAUACGCAAAGAUUAGUCAUUUUUAGGUCAGUUUUAUUACAGCUAUAUAUUAAUAGUUUAAUUAUCAGUUCAUUAAAUAUGCAACAUUGCUAAAAAAAUGAUACUAUUAAAUUUCUAAACAAAUGCCCGAGUUUGGUGCAAACUGUGCCACUGAAAAUGAAAUGUUUUCAGGAUGUGGUUGAAAGUAAACGUACAGAGUUCCUAUGUCGGGUGCACACCCCACCCACAAAGAGUUUACAUACGCACAACAUUCUGCAAGUAAAACGUCACGAAUAUGACUGCGAGUAAAGGAAUAAGCAUCAUGUCUAUGCAAGGGAACUUUACAAUCAAUUGCACCGAAGGAAAUAGUAUAGUCUGCAAUCAAAGUUGCACAUGCAUGAUACAACCUGAAGAAAGUCAUAAAACCAUCUUGCCUUGGCUCUAUCUGGCUUUGGCCAUUCUGGGCCUUCCAGCCAAUGGAAUAGUCUUGGUGGAUCUUUGGAGAUCAGAGAGGACACCCACUGUCAUCUUCACUUUGAACAUAAUCAUAUCAGACCUGCUGAUGUGCUGCAGUUUUUUCUUCAGAAUAGCCUACUACAAAGAAUACGACAACUGGCAAUCUGGAGCUCCAGCUUGCAAUGCAGCAGAGCUAAUCAUUUUUUCAUGCUUCUACAUAAACCUCUAUUGCAACAUGUGUUUCCUUUUGUGGACCAGCAUUAAUCGCUAUACCACAGUAGUAAAACCAGGCUACGCCUUAUUUCAGAUCUUCAAACAUACACAGUCUUGUUGGAUCCUCUGCUUUUGUACCUGGCUGGUUUUCAUCACAGUUGUGGGCACUAGCAUGGGGGUCAAAAUGAAUCUACAAAUGAAUGGGACCUGCUUUGACCAAGUUGUCAAUAGUUAUAUUCACUAUAAAGAUCAGUUCAAAACUAUCCACUCCUUAGGUGUGUUGACAUUCUUCUUCAUUUUGUGCUUGAUGCUGGUCAGCUAUAGCCUGCUGGUCUUCCAUCUGCAAAAGAUAAGGGGAGGAAGUCUAGUAGGUGCCGGAUUUGGGCCUGGAGGAGGUCUGAAGGUUCGCAGGAAGAUCCUGGCCUCGGUCAUAAUGUUUGUACUCUGCUUCCUACCCUACCAUGUGCAAAGGAUCAUCUUAUUAACAUCAGAGCAUAAAAACUGUCAGAAGGAGUACAGGAUUAAAACAGGCACCAUCUUCAUUGCAGCUCUCAGCUGCUGCCUGCAUCCUGUCCUCCAGCUGGUGUUUCGUUUGCGUUGCUGUCGGGCCAAUCGCAACCAAAGAGUCAAACCAAAGACUGAGAUCUCCAAGACCCUGGACACACCUCAAAUACAUACUAUAAAUGUGACAGAACAUGCUGAAGAGUCAAAUAAAAAUGAAACCAACAACCAACAUCAAAAUAUUGGGAAAUUAGAAUAAAAUUGGAUGUACCUUUGCAUUUCCUGUGUGAUACAAGCAGGAAGCUGUGAAGCAUGCUAACCUCAGGGAACUGUUUGCAUGUAUUACUGUUCACCAAAAGCAACACUUACGGCCAGUGUAUAAGGUAGUGUGGCAGCUCAGCAUAUAGUACAUACCACAACAGUGCUUAAAGAAUGUGUUGGAUAUUAAUGCCAACUAAACUUAAAGGCUUUGCAUUAAUGUUUUCGAUCUACUUUUGUAUCUAUUAACUUAUAGUAUUAAAUGUUGCACCAACA